AUGGGAGGGGACUCAGUUGCUAGUAUGCUAAAACGAAGUACCAGCGUCAAGGGAGAGGUGGAUGAUUCUGAAGACUCGCUGCAAAUCUCUAUGAAUUAUACUGACUACGAAAUAGGCACUCAUCCUAUUGGUUAUGGAUCUUCGGCUGUCGUGUACAUGGCAAUGUAUAAACCAUUAAGACGUCAUGUUGCCAUUAAGCUCAUUGAAUUGGACCAAUUCGAACGAAAUCAAAUCGAGGAACUCCGAAAAGAGAUCCAGAUCAUGAGCUUGUGCAAGCAUCCAAACUUGCUUCGAGUGUAUGGAUCAUUCGUACAUGAUGCCAAACUGUAUAUAGUCACUCCUUUCUUAUCUGCUGGAUCCUGUCUCGAUAUCAUGAAGACUGCAUAUCCUGAUGGUAUGGAGGAAGCUGCAAUCGCAACCAUCUUGAAACAGGCUCUUGCAGGGUUGGAAUACCUCCACGCCAACAAAUUGAUACAUCGUGAUGUCAAGGCUGGUAAUCUACUCAUGGCUAGUGAUGGAACAGUCCAAUUGGCUGACUUUGGUGUAUCCAGCUCCUUGACUGAUACUGGUGAACGUAAAGGUGUCCGUAAAACAUUUGUAGGAACACCAUGUUGGAUGGCUCCUGAAGUUAUGGAACAAAAUGGCUAUGAUUACAAGGCUGAUAUAUGGAGCUUUGGUAUCACCGCCUUGGAAUUGGCAAAUGGACAUGCGCCAUUCGCCAAAUAUCCUCCACUCAAAGUCCUCAUGCUUACACUACAACAAGACCCUCCCACUCUAGAUAUAAAUAGUGCCAAACAUAAAUAUACAAAGGCCUUCAAAGAAAUGAUUGACUCUUGUCUUCAAAAGGAUCCAACCAAACGACCUACUCCCGAUAAACUAAUACAACACGCCUUCUUCAAGAACUCUGCAAAGAAACCCGAGUAUUUGGCAAAGACCCUUAUACAAAAUUUACCUCCUAUAUCUCAACGACCCCAUAAUACUCGACCCUCUCAACCACCACGAUUAGAAAAUAGGGGUGUGGUGUGGGAUUUCAGUGGUGACGAACCAGUAGAUAAUAACAACACUCUGAGCUCCAUGUCAUCGCAAACCUCAUCAACUACUUCCAGCCAUGAUGCACUACCAAAAUCUGUACAUACAACCGGUAGUGGUGACGUGCCAGUGAAAAAGUCUCGCUUUGUGAUUGAUUCCAUAUCAACCGAUACCCAGAACUUGUCGACAUCGCCAGCUGGAUCAACGCCUUUAUCUGAUGCUAUACAUGGUGAAAUCAAAAAGGGCCGAUUCAGUGUCUCAGAGGUUUCAUCAGAUGCUGGAAGCAGGUCAAAUGAUAGUAGUCCUCAACUGGCACCUGUAUCGUCCAUCGAGAAUAUGGGAUCUUUGGAACGGAAAGCAGGACGGUUUGCUAUACAAGAACUGCCUCCAAGUCAUCUUGGAUCUUCGGUCGCUCAUGACACAUCCUUCCGUCCCACAGACAAAAAGAGUCGAUUCGAAGUGUCUGAUUCUCCCGCUACUUCUGGCGGAGAAGACAACCACUCUAUACAUUCAUCACCAUCUACAUCGCCAUAUAAACCAUCCUCCUCUACGCAAACAACAAACACAAAUUCGACCACCCUGUCCCAAGCUUACAUAUUGCAGCAAAAACUUGAAACGUCCUUGAGAAAAUAUGAAGAUGAUGAAAAUACAAAGUUGCCACAGGAAAUAUGGACUUUAUUGAAUGACCUCAAGAGAUUAGACUAUGCUUGGAAAGCGCACUAG